CAAAUGCCGAUAAGAUAAUCCACAGUACUAGUGUGAACACAGUCCGGAGCUAGUGUUCUGAAUGCAUCUCCAAGUUUUCACCCAGCCCCAGCGGAGACGAGGUGGAGCCGGAUGGAUGGAUGCAGAAGGCGGAGCUGGAAGGAAGGAGGGAGGGACGAUGGGCAGGCUGAAGUCUGGGCAUCAGACUUGCAAGGUCGCGUGUGGGCUGCGCCAGCGCGCCUUGGAAUCUCACCCUGUCCUGAGCCUGGAGACCUAAACCGAGGUAGAAAGUUUGGUUCCUCUGUAAUGGAGAGCAGGAUGGAUCAGGAUGAAGUUCAGAAACCGGAGCCUGGGAGAAAUACGGGAAACCAUAACGAUUCGAAUACGGAUUUGCAAGUCACCUACACCCACAAAGAGGUUGCGUUUUUUCAUUUACAUCAAACACAUCAUUUUGAUGAGUUUGAAUACCCUUCAGAUCAAUACUGCAAGCAAGAUCUCUUCCCCAAAUGGCACUUGCCACUGAAGAUAGCAUCUAUAGCCUCAUUGCUAAUAUUUAUCUAUACUUUUCUGAGAGAUGUUGUCCACCCUUUUGUCACUACUAAUGAAAACACUUUCUAUAAAAUUCCAAUCCUGGUCAUAAACAAAGUUUUACCAGUGGUUUCAAUCACCCUUCUUGCACUGGUUUAUUUACCAGGGAUAUUAGCUGCAGGUUUCCAGCUCCACUAUGGGACCAAGUACAAACGAUUUCCACAGUGGUUGAAUGGGUGGAUGUUAUCAAGAAAGCAACUCGGCCUUCUCAGUUUUUUCUUUGCCUCAAUGCAUGCAUGCUAUAGUUUGUGCUACCCAAUGAGGAGAUCUUACAGAUACAAGCUUUUGAACUGGGCGUACCAACAGGUCAAGCAAAAAAAGGAAAAUGCCUGGAUUGAACAUGAUGUCUGGAGAAUGGAGAUUUAUGUGUCUCUAGGGAUUCUGGGACUAGCUCUGCUGGCCAUACUGGCAGUAACAUCAAUUCCAUCUGUCAGCCAUUCUUUGACCUGGAGAGAGUUUCACUGUAUUCAGAGCAAGAUGGGGUAUUUAGCUUUGCUGCUAUGCACAAUUCACGCAUUGGUAUUUGCCUGGAAUAAAUGGGUUGACGUAAACCAAUUUGUGUGGUACACCCCCCCUACAUUUAUGAUAGCCAUUUUUCUUCCUAUUAUAGUCCUGCUUUGUAAAAGCGUCCUGCUUCUCCCAUGCCUUAGGAAGAAGAUCCAGAAGAUCAGAUGCGGUUGGGAUGCUAACACAGAGAUGAAUAAAACACAGAUGACUUCCAGACUGUAGAUUGAAUGAGUGUUUAUCCUGCUGCCAUGUAUAGAUUUAAUGAGCUCUAUGAAAUGGUCACAUGUUGGGUUUGUUUUUUUUUUUUGCAUGCAUUGGUUAAAUACUUCUUUUGUAUUUUUCAUUUCCACUAUUGUUUGGGGGUGUGGUAUCUGUGUUCUUCUCUGACCUGAUCUGGGCUAAGGGAGUACCCUUUACUGAGACAGUGGAUUGAAUUGGGGUCCUCAGGCAUUCACUUAUUUCUUUAUUCUGAGUCUUAUGCUGUUUAAAAUCCAAUUCUUCAUUCCCAUAAGUAAUACUAUCAUCAGCCAUAGGGAAAGGCAAUCAUAAAUCAGUGCUUGAUAUGUUGAUUACAGAAGGUCAAUAAGAUAACAAUUUGAAAGAACCAGAUCUGACUCUUAUACUAUAGAGGGUGUUUCCCAGUGCUUGCUAUGUUUAAGGUAACAUCUCACAUUUUUUCCCCAUUCCCUUUUUCCCCUCUUUUUUUAUUUUUUUUUUUUCCUAUUUGCUUCUUUCUUUCUUUCUUUCAUGCUUUUGGCGGGAACAAGCACACACUUACACAUGUGCUUAACUUAACUCACGUAAGUCCUCUCAGGGACUUCAGUGGGGCUGCUCACAUGUAGGGUGACCAGAUCACAACACUAAAAUAUCGGGACACAUUGGGGGUGCCAUCAGCCCAGCCCACAGUCCACCCCCGCUCCUCCCAGGCUCCGGCCCCACUCUGCCCCAGGUCCCACGCCCUUCCCGCUUGCCCCCCCCACCGUGCCCUUCCUCAUCACCUGCUGGUUUGCUGCGUCCCUCCUCAGUCCCCCACCCACCGCUCACCUCCUCACCUAACCCGGCCGCCCGCCGCUUACUCGCUUCUUCACCCUCCCUGCCCACGCCUCCCCUCUUCACCCCCCCGCCCGCCACUCACCUCUCCGGCACCAACUUCCCCUCUGCCAGAUGGGUGCUCGCCCACCACCCCGCCUCUUCCUGCCCAAGCAUCCACCCUCGCUCCGCCCCCUUCCCCCAAGUCCCCGCCCUGCCCUGCUUCUUCUCCAUCUCCUCCCCUGAGGGCGCCGCAUCCCCGCCCUGCCUCCUUCCUCCUGGAAAGUGCUAAGUGCCGCGGUGGGAAGCGCUGGGAGGGGGGAAGGAGCAGGGAUGUGGCACGCUGG